GAUCCACCCAUCUGCUAAGGGUUGGAAAAGAGAGAGAACCGAGAGCAGGGAGUCCACUGGGAGUAAGGUGCUGAAUCCUGCUGCUUGUUUGGUGUUUUAAGGUGUUCUGCACCACAUUGAUUACGUCAGCAUGAACGACUCACAGGUAAUCACAGACAAUUAUUGGGACUACGAUUACUACAACACCCAUUAUCCGGACGAACCACAAGCUCCCCCUUGCAAGCAGAAUGAUGUUUACAGCUUCGGACGAAGCUAUUACCCCGCGGUGUACAGCCUGGUGUUCUUCCUGGCAAUAGUGGGCAACGUUCUGGUGCUGUGCGUGGUCGCCCGCUAUCGGAGCUCUGUGAGGGGCGGAGGCUGCGCCCUCUCCAUCACCGACAUCUUCCUCCUCCACCUGGCCGUGGCUGACCUUCUGCUGGCGCUCACGCUGCCGCUGUCCGCCGUCCAGUGGGCCGACAAGUGGGUCUUCGGGCUAGUGGUCUGCAAGAUCUCGGCGGGCCUGUUCUCCCUGAACCGCUACAGCAGCAUCCUGUUCCUGGCCUGCAUCAGCUUCGACCGCUACCUGGCCAUCGUGCACGCCGUUCGUAGCGGUUGGAAGCGCACGUCCUGGCACGCUCAUGUGGUGUGCUCGCUCAUCUGGGGGAUCUGCCUGGGCCUAAGCGGGGUGGACGUGACCUUCAAGCAGCUGUCAAAAGUGGAGGGCCAGCUCAUGUGUCGUACCUGGUACGUCGACAACACCAAACAGUGGCAGGUGGGGCUGCAGUUGAUCAGCAUGGUGCUGGGCUUCGGCCUGCCGCUGCUCGUCAUGCUCUACUGCUACGUGCGCAUCUUCCGCUCGCUGUGCAACGCCCCGCGCCGGCAGAAGCGCAAGUCCCUGCGGCUCAUCGUGUCCCUGGUGGCGGUGUUCAUGCUGUGCUGGGCCCCCUACAACUUCUUCCAGCUGGCGGACAGCCUGGAGAAGCUGGGCGCGAUCAGGGGCGGCUGCCAGUUUGGCUGGGCGGUGGACCUGGGCAUCAUGGUCACGGAGAGCGUGGGGCUCUCUCACUGUGCCCUCAACCCCUUGCUUUACGGCUUUGUGGGGGUGAAGUUCAGACGGGAGCUGGCCAAGAUGGUGAAGGAGCUGCUGGGCCCCAGAGGCUGGAGGGGCAGGCAGGAGUGGGGCGUGAGGAAGACCAGAAGGACCACCGGGUCCUUCAGUUCUGCUGAGAGCGAGAACACCUCGCACUCUGUCAUGGUGUGAACUCUCUCCGGUACGCCAGGAGCUGGUGGGUGUGUGUGUGUGUGUGUGUGUGUGUGUGUGUGUGUGUGUGUGUGUGUGUGUGUGUGUGUGUGUGUGUGUGUGUGUGUGUGUGUGUGUGUG